AUGGUGUUAGGGUUUGGAUACGAUAGUAAGAACAACAAUUAUAAGGUUUUGAGAAUUAAUCAGGGGCUUGGAUUACUUGAUUCCAAAAAUAAAGCUCAAGUCUAUAGUUUCAAUGAUAAUUCUUGGAGAUGUAUUGAAGGAAUGCCAUAUUAUCUUUUCUAUGGGCAUUAUAAUGGUGUUCUUGUUAAUGAGGCUUUACAUUAUGUAGUUACUCAGGAGUCGCAUUCUCAGUGUCUGUUUAUUGCUAGAUUUGAUCUUCCCACUGAGAGUUUCUCGCUUAUGGAAUGCCCUAAUUAUGAUAAGCUUAAGAGUAUGUUUAAUUCGACGUUUUUAUUGAUAGAGUUAGGUGGGUGUUUGUGUCUGUUAAUUAAUUCAUAUCCAUCUACUACCUCCGUUAAUUGUUUUGUGCAACUUUGA